UGGAAAUCUUGAAAGAAAGCGCGUUAUACAUAAUAAUACGUAUUAUAAAUUGAAAUCUCAAUAGACCUCAAUUUCAAAACAUUGAAUUCCAUCAAUUGAUAUAGCAUAUAGAAGAAGACAAAGAGAGUAAUGACUCUAAGCAUACCUCAUCUAGAUCCUGAUCUAGAAUCACAACUACGAGAAAUAGUGGUUCAGAAACAAUACGUCAUAGAUAAAACAGAUAACUCAAACAGAUGGACUAGUACGAUACUGCCGAAAUUAGUUUAUAGACUUAAUGAUAUUGUCGAAAUAUCAACUAAUGAAGGUGAACAAUUCAGUCAACGACCAGAGGGUGUUGAUUUAAUACGAGCCAUUCAAUCCAUCCAAGAUAGAAUCAUUGCUCAUUUACAAGAUAAUUUCCCCACCAAUCCUCCUUUCACAAUUCAUAGAAUAUCGGAAAUACUACUUGAUAGUAAAAAGGAAGGUUAUGAUUUAAUUAAUAAUGUUCAAAUUCUAAAGUAUUUCAAUUCCAUAUCUAAAUUGAUUUUGGUUUCAACCGAUGUACUGGAUUUCCCACCUACAACUUUUCUGGAAAAAUCAAUCAUUAAAUCAGAUGUGGAGGUUGUUGAACCGAUAAUAACAAGUCAAGCAUCCUCUAUAAGUAUCCCAUUAGUGGAAAUCCCCUGGCUUAAAGAUGAAAAUGACGGUAUAAAAUCAUCCGAUAUAUCAUUAGAUGAAGGAGAUAGUGCUCAUAAUAUGUCUAAUGAAUCACCCGUCAAUGAUGAUAUGAUUAUAUCACCACCUCCAUCCGAUGAUAAGCAAGUUAGUUCUGUGGGUAAUUUAACAGAAACCAUAGCUCCAUCUCCAAUCAGAAGAAGACGGGAAAAUGAACAAGAUUUACUGUCAUCAUUAAUCCUUGAUAAUAAUGAAAAUGUAUCAAAACGUCCAAGAACUGAUAGUGUUUCCAAAGAUGAAUCUAUUUCAACAGAAGAUGCAAAGGAAAAUAUCGAUGAAUCUAAUGAAAAAAUAACCUCAAAUGGUGAUAUGACUGUAUAAUACUAAUUUUUAUGUUUACUGUAUAUUAUUUCUGUGUAUACUAC